CAACUUGUGUGUCGUGUAUGUGCUAGAAAAAUGGAUUGAGAUAGAAAAGAAGGUGGAAAAAGAAGUAGAUGGGAACAAAAACAAAAAACAUGGUAGUGGCAUUUCACGAUGAUGGUACUAAUUUCACUUUAAAAAAAGUUCGGGGGAGGGGAGGGGUAAUAAGAUCCCGAAAAUAAUAGAUGUGUAGUUGAGAAUUCAGCCAUAGUACAGAGGAGUACUUAUGCCCUUUGCCAUUAAAAAAAAUAUAAAUUGUUAGUUAAUUUCAUACAUGUUCCAAAAUUAAUUUCUCAACGUGAACUAGAGACACUAUUUCAAGGAAAAAAAACCUUUUUAGUCAUACUUCUUCUCGAAAUAUGUAAACUUAGACUCUUUAAAUUGGUUUCCUUCACAGGUUAUCCAAUGAAUGUAUGUUACGAGCAUCAUGCUGCUUUAGCUCCACUUUUGCAAUUCCACUUGAACAACUGUGGAGAUCCCUUCACUGAGAACCCUAUCGAUUUCCAUUCAAAAGAUUUUGAAGUUGCUGUUUUAGAUUGGUUUGCACAACUCUGGGAAAUUGAGAAGGAUGAAUAUUGGGGAUACAUUACCAAUGGUGGCACAGAGGGAAAUCUUCAUGGCCUUUUGAUUGGAAGAGAGCUACAUCCCACUGGAGUCCAUUACUCAAAUGGUCACUCAACUAUCCCAAAUUAUCUCCUAAAGUCACUUUACUUUCGAAGGUCACUCAACUAA